GGGAGCCCAAGUGCCACCAAUGCUACACGUACCACAUAUUGAGAACCACUGCAGUAGACAAUACAAGAAAAGGUGCGAUAACGUGUUUUCUUAUUCACUCUUUUGUAUUGUCUUUUGUAUGUUGUUCUUAAGAUUAUCAUUUUUAAAUGCCUUAAUUGUUCUGGUUUGCACUUCUGGGCCACCGUAGCAAUGCAAUGAAUCAGUCUCUCCAUAGAAACGGAGGCGUGAAGCUGUAAAGCGGACCGCGGCAUCCAAGCCUCAGCUCCACUGACUCCCCCACGGUCGCUGAAGACUCCAACUGCAGCUGGUGAUCGCCUCCUAUUCUGUGGAGGAGUGGUGGUGGUCAUGGCAGCCUCCGACUCUGGCCACGGGCCAUCAUUGACACCACCUCCCCUCCCUCCUUCAGCUCGCUCUUGACGUUCGGUUCGGGCGCAAUGCUGUGUGUCUCUGCUUGAUUUCCCAGCUCUGUUUUUGGACCGGAUCGUCCCAGUCGGUUUGCAGCGAAGACUCGUUCUCAGUCGGUGCUCGGCGGAUCCGGUGGAUGAAGCUCAGACAUGUCAUCUGUCUCUGCUGCUUCACUGUCUUGACUGAAUCGAAGUUGCUGCAAUGGAGACUUCGGGGAGUGAUGAUGCAGCGCUCACAUACUUGAUGAAAGCUGCAGACAGGGACGGAUAUGACGAUCUGGAUCAUCUGCCUCCGUUACUGGAGGAUGAGGAGAAUGUAUCACUGGCAGACAUCCUCUCACUGCGGGACAGUUGCUUGUCGGAGGAGGAGGUAUUGGCCGUCUGUGUGGAGUGUGUUCUGGCCCUGCAGAGCAUCAGGCCCUCCCAUCUCUUCCACAGCCUGUGUAUAACUCCAGACACUCUGGCCUUCAAUGCCCACGGGAACGUUUGCUUCAUGGAGCAGCUGAGUGAUGAUCCCGAAGGUUCCUUUGUGCCUCCUGAGUUUGACAACACAGGGAGUACGUUUGAGGGUCAUAUUUUCUCUCUGGGAUCAACCCUUUUCGCUGCACUGAACUUCGUCAUUGAGCCAGAACUGGAGGUUGAGAUCGGAGAGGAGAUUCAGAAGCUGUUGGAACAGAUGCAGGACGAAAAGCCCGAGGACAGGCCGCUGCUGCAGGAGAUCCUGUCUUUGGCUAAAGCACGGCUCUAUGAUGCGUCCUCCGCAGCCGUUUGUCGGAAACUCUCCUCCAUCGGGCGUCGAGUGCUUUCUAUUGAAUCAGUUUCUCCAUUUCAAGAUGGACAGGAAGGAACGUGGGAGGCAAGAUGGCAGCAUCAGGGACCCAGAUGUGCAUUUGAAAGACUGAGCUCUGACAAGAAUAAUAAAGACGUGUGUACUGACGGUUCUGAUAAGACUAACUGUCUGUCCAGGCAGCAGGUCUGCAGAGGCUGGGAUUCCUCCCUCUGGUCUGAGGAUAUGGAAGAAGACGGUCUGAGCUUGGCAGAUGAAAUGGACUGCAGGUCCCACAACAGCUCCCCAGUGAGGAGGAGAGCCCAGCAGAGAUUAACUAGAGUUAAGGGGGCUCUUAACCGCUCCUGCUCAGUUCCAGACUCCAACAACCCCCCCAGUCUUUCCACUCCAACCCAUGGAAACAUCAGUAUACCGAUAUCCGACCUCACUGAGAUAGGAGCAGAUGAUCACGUGAGCUCCACAUCUGUUUGGAGCAACAGACUCCAAAGACUCAACCGGGGAAAUUCAUGUGACGCUUACACGCACAGUAGCACAGAGUAUUACGAGAAUUCAGUGGACAACCAAAGGUCACAAGUGCACCAGGGUUCCGACGAGACUUUAUGCAUUGAAGAAGAGAGCACACAUGACGUCCUGCAAGGCGAAAGAAAAGACAGCACUCAGGAUUUGGCGUCUCCCUGUUCUUCCUGCCAGGACCUGGAAAUGGCACAAGAAUCUCCUGAGAACCAGAGUCCAGUGAACCACAACCUCUACUUCACUAAUAACCACAUGACCAAAAGUAUGCUGUGUCUGAAUGAAGAAUCUCAGGAUGAGUGGAUUUCUCUGAGAGAACUACUGAGUCGUUGUGGACGCAGGCUAACGGUGAACGAGCUGUGGGCUCUGUGUUACACGUGUCUGUCCUCACUGCAGACCUACAUCGACUUUCCAGCCUAUUUAUGCCUGGACACGGUGUACGUGGGCUGUGAAGGAGAAGUUCUUUUCUUGAAACCUAAAAACAUCGGCCCCAGAGAUGAAUUCUAUCUCGCCCCUGAGUAUCAAGAACACGGCAUUGUGACUGAAAAGGUCUGUGUGUACGCAGUCGCCGCCAUUCUCUGGGCCACGGCCAAGUUCAGUUUGUCACCUACGCAAAAGCUGGCAAUGCCUCGCAAACUGAAGAGGCUGCUGCUGGAAAUGGCGAAGAGAACGCCAAUCGAGCGACCCACCAUCAUUAUGGCUAAGAAGAGCUGUCGUGACUACCUGUUAGGUCAAGAGACAAGCGCUGAGACUGUGUGGAACGACCUCAUCAGCAGAGUUCACCCGCCAGUCUCACAACCUAAAGGAGACGAGGACUUUAAUUUGAGUGAAACGCAUCACAGCUCAUCUGAAGACUCCGAACAGAAUGACAGCAGCUUCGUGCCCAUGGCCACUGAGAGCCGACUGGCUCCUGUGCCUGGCCCUGUCCCCUACAGCUAUCCCGUUAGCACGAGGCUUCAACUCCCAGAAGCCUUCACUUCAACCGCUACGCACUUCGUCCCUAUUGUCCUGACCAAUAAAGGAGACUCAGAGAAGGAGGGACAGAACAUUGAAGCUGUCUUUCAGGGCGAUGAGGAGGAAUUCACAACACUCAAUAAUGAAGUUGCGCUCCCUGAGUGUCCCCGUCCUGUCCAGGCUGAAACAAACCUUCACACAGAGGAGCCUCUUGUGAAUUUCUCACUCAAAACCUUAACUUCAACCUCUUCCAGCAACAACACACCGGCCAGUUCUUGUCUUACUGUGCCGGACAUUGCCUCUGUUGAAGUGUCACUUCCAUCAUCGUCCACUGGCUUCAGUGGUGGUGCCAUCUUCAACAAUUACCUCUUUUGUCAAGACCCAGAAACCGGACAUCUUUCUUUAGUGCCUGUUCAGGUCAGGGCUCCGGAGUCCUUCCUGGGGUUGGACAUUAAUCUGUCCCUGGUCCCACAGCCUUUUCAAGGACUAAUCACAGUUCCAGAGAAGACUGAAGCUCCAUUGGUCAAUGUGCCAACGGGGCCUGUGAACACACACAGUGUGAUCAGAGCCUUGAGUGGACAAACAAGACAGAAUGAGAACCGGCCAUCUGCAGCGUCCCUCUCCAACGUCCACCCUGCAUUACAGGACGUCAUCAACCUGCUCAAAGGAGAGUUUUCUUUUAAAGGAUAUUUCAGUGAUGGACAAGAGGACGUUGCAGUGGGGGAGUACGUCUUUUCUUUGAAGGACCUGGAGUACGAAACGUUUGCUGGGGUUUUACACUGCCUGGUCAACAACAGUCCAUCAACACUGAGCUGUAGUAGUCCGACUUCAUCAAAGGCUGUGAAAGGCGUAGACCUCUCAUCACCCCUGAUAGCCAGUGUCUGGAGAGAAAAGGAAGAUUCCCUGCACAAUCGGCUGGAUCUCAAUGGAAACAUUCACAUUUCCAGUCCUGAUUCGGUGGAUUCCUGGAGAGAAACUGAUACUGUGUGUCAUCAUGUCAGAGGUGAAACUGCUCCUGCAGAUUCUGAUUUGAAGCUGGAGACUCAACAGCCCAGUGAUCGUCAAGGCAUCACCAUGGACACCUCAGACACAGGGUUGAUGGAGGGAGGAGAUGACAUGGCGGGGGUCGCUGAUGAAAGCCCCUCUGAAGUGGAGUGUACGUCAGCGGGAGAGGCAGAGCUGCUGGAAGCCUGUGAUGAUGAGCAGAUGAGUCCUGACAGCUCGGAGGACAUGGAGGACAGCGGCUCGCUGGUAUCAGAACAGUUUCUCACACCUGGAUCUAAAGCGGGGGGACUGGGUCUUUUUCUAAGGCCGGCCUGGUACUUGGCAAUCUUUGAAGAACAGUGUUUUAGUCCUGAGGUGUCGGAGUAUGCUGUGAGUCUGGGACAGCACACAGGAACCCCGUGUCUGGAUGUGAAGAGACAGGAACUGCAGCAGCAGCUCAUGAUUGAAACCAGGAAUUUGAAGAAGAUGAGAAAUUUUUACCUGAAGCUCCUUCAACAGGAGAGAAAACACAAAGGUUCUGCGAACAAACUGAUGCUCUCCAAACUGAAGUCCCAGCUUGAGGAGCUUAGAUCGAAAGUGAUGUUUUUGGAGUCUGUCAUGAAAUACCUGGAGAUUCUCAGUGUGGAACAGUGGGGAUUGGAAGUGUCAUUGUUGCCCUCUUUAGUCUCUGGUUCCGUUGAUCUUCAUCCCUCUGAGGACGUGUCCUUUUUGAACUUUGGCAACAGUAAACAGAAAAGAAUCCUGCAGGCGGGGUCUCCUCAGGGCCUCAUGGCCUACCUCUACAGCAGAAAUGCUGCGUCAGAGGGCUACAUCCAGCAGUUCCUGUACACCUACCGUUUCCUCUGCACUCCUGAGCAGUUACUGCAGUUCUUGAUGAAUAAAUUCAUCAGUGCGGCAAGACACGGCCCAGAUACGUCAGGAGAAAAUACAAAAAUCUUCCGUCGCACUUUGGAUUUGCUCCAGUUCUGGAUAACAACCUGCACAGAAGUGGAUUUCACACCAAAGUCCAGUCUCGUGGCUACAUUAGAGAACUUCAUCAAUACUGAGGUCAUUCCUUCAGACGCCCGGGGACAAGUCCUUCUUGCUGCUCUUCACAACCUGCAAAAUACUAGUGGAGGACAAAACCGAUUAAGUCCAACUGGCUUGGACGAGGAGACUGACAGCAUGAGCGUGCAUUCAUCAAGAGAGGAUCUUGGCAGAAAGUGGAGGAUCUCACGAGCUGUGGAACUCUCUGCGUCCACUCCUAAAGAGAAUUUCUUCUCCAUCGCUGCAGCUUUGCCAGUGCCGUGCUGUGGAACUCUGCUCUUCAGCCAGAACGAAUGCAGUGCACAGCACAUAGCCCAGCAGCUCACACUCCUGCAGCAGGAGAUGUUCCGAGGAUGUCACCCGGUGCAUUUUCUCAACUCGAGGAUACAGGGAAUCACGGACAAUAUGUUAAUCCCAAACAAGAAUGUGUCUCAGCACACUCCUCCAGCAGAGGGCAACAGUGUACGGGAGGGCACUGCGUCAGACAGCCACUUGCAGCAGCUUCUCACAUAUGCUGACAGUGUUACCAAUUGGAUCUCAUCUGAAAUAGUUCUCUGUGACUCCACCAAGGCACAAGUUGCUUUAGUGACAAAGUAUCUAUGGAUUGGAAAGCACUGCUAUGAAUCGAGGAACUUUGCCACGGCCAUGCAGGUCCUGGCAGGUCUGGAGAACGUGAGCGUCAGACAGUUACCAGUUUGGAAACAUCUGCCAUCCAAAGUGUUGGAGAUACUGGACGAGCUCCGGGCUGUGCAGGUGUUUCUGAAGAGUGAUGACCUGUGUCUGAUAACUGGGAGACACCUAAAGAUGAAGCCCACGCUGCCGCCAGUCCAUGUUCUCGCCAUGCACGUGCAGCAGCUGGAGAUCGGCGCCUUCACACUCACUACUGGAGCCUACAAGUGGAGCAAGCUCAGGAGCAUCGCAAAGGUGGUGAGUCAAGUCCAUGCCUUCCAGGAGGUGAUGUUCUCCUACUGUCCCGACCAGGAGCUGCAGACCUACCUUCAGCGACGCAUCACUUGGCUGUUCUCCUCCAACAUCCACAGAUUGGCAGCAGACAACGAUAGAAACUUCCAACAGUCCAAGGAGCGCCAAACACGGAAAAUCCAGGAAACGCUAAGGCGGGUGAAGGCUACACUCCAGUGAACCCUGGCAUGCACCAGCCCUAAAAAACAGGAAAAAAGAAUGGAAGCACAUUUAGGUUGACACCUGCUGAUGGAGGUUCCAUGCAUCGGGUGUUAGUCUGGACACCUGAACACCAGUUGUUUGUUUUUGAUUCUACAAAAGUUGGAUUCUUCUUCAAAAACUCUGAUACCAGCAUUUCUGUUUAAUUUUUAAACAAACUUUCCCUGUAAUGAAUGUUAGUGGGACUGCAACAGGAAAUGAGAUGCCAGCACCCAAAUAUUACAGGUUGAGAUGCUAUGAUCUAUAAAUGUUAACCUGGAAUCAAAUUAUCUUCUGCCACUAUACAAUAUAAUUGAAAAUGUCAAUUUUUUAUAACACGGUGAGGUGGAAAUUGACCAAUAGAACUAAAAAAACUCACAUUAGUUAAAGAUUAUCUGGAUUAAUAUGUUUGUAGGGUUUUCACAAUAUUUACAUGUGUAGAUAAAUAAUUUUAAGUUUAUAGAAAUAUUCCAUCCACUUUCAGGCCAAUAACUGCAAAGACCACUGCAGCUUUAGUUAAUGUCAAAUUGUUUAAGUACCAUCCAUUUAUUGUUGAUUACUUCCAUUUGACUUGUAAGAAGACAAAAACAUGGCAACAUGUUUUCAUUGAUGAAACAGUUGAUCUAUUGAUUCUGCUGCCUGCAGCAGGUAGACGUGUACACUUUCCGUCUGCCUAAUGGGGUUUUUACGACUGGGUUUGUGAUCGAUGUCUGGUAUUAACUUAAAUUAAGCAGCACAAUGUUGAAUAAUUACAUUUAUUACUAACAGCACGUCAUGAGGGUAAGGUUCAACUAAAGCUUUCUCCUGCAGGUGAGGUGAUGUUACAUUUGGAGUCUCUGUCUAUUUUUCUACUUUCCUGCCCGCUCCCUCUCCCCCUCUAUGCUUUCCUGCUUUGAAUUGCGCUGUGGAGAUGAAGUGUGAUGUACUGCCAACAUUUGCCUGAUUCAGCCAAAUAAAUUUUUGUAAGCUC